AUGUGGCGAAAGAAAAAACGUCUCCUCAUAAGUGUGUUUCUGGUUAUAUGUGGAAUUUUUGUUAUCUGUAUUCACCGAAAAACGAUUCCAAUUGUCAGACAGAAUAAGAACAAACGUCCAGCAAGAGAAACAGAACAGAACUACACCGAGGUCAUUCAGAAUAAACUACCAACAGAACCAGACUACACGUACAUUACAAAAGAACCAGACUACACGUCCAUUACAAAAGAACCAGACUACACGUACAUUAAGUUUCAGAAGACUGACAUAUUAGCGGGCAAUUUGCAAUGCCUCGAAAUCGAGAGUUGCCARCUUUCACCGCCCAUCUCGCCAGAGCAAGCAAAACGGUUGUGCAACAAACACCCAAGAUGCAAGGGGUUUGUUUACCGGCCUCGGUCAGCUGAAAUAUUCUUCAAAAGUAAUCUCUCAAAGGGGCUAGAAGGAAAAGCAGACAUCAYAUCAUUUAUAAAGAGAGAUCAUAUCGGAGGUCUGGAAAUACCGCAAUCUACUUGUGCGGUACCGCUCAACAAAACAGCUUUAAGGAAAAUUUCUCAGGGAUGCAACUUGGCGGAGUUUGAUCCAUUUCAUCCUUCUAUAGUACGACUGAUCAAAGUCCCAAAUAAGUUGAAUUGUCAUGGUAAACCACUGACCAGUUAUAGAAAUAGCACCCUUGUUGUCAAUAAUAAAGACACAACAAUCUCUGAAGUAGAAUAUUUUUCAAUAACUCGAAAACCCGGAAGCGACUUUGAGUUCAUCCGAGGUCCAGUGAYUUCGUUGGAUCAUAAAAAACAAACCGAGAUAAAAGACGAGUUUAUAGUCGUUAAAAUAAAAUCACAAGAUGGAAAAGAAAACACAGAAUUUCAUGGAGCAGUAGUUCCCAARCCACAUGUCAUUUCUCGGACACGGAGCAGCACAGGAAUCCCAGUAAACGUUAUGAUUGUAGGAAUCGAUUCGAUGUCAAAUGCCCAUUUCCAACGGUCUCAACAGCAAGCUUAUAAGUACCUGACUGACGACUUGAAGUCUAUUGUAUUGAAAGGAUACACRAUAGUUGGAGAUGGAACGACACCCGCUCUGACUGCAAUGUUAACCGGGUACUUUGAGAAAGAACUUCCAGAAGCAAGGCGUGGUUAUCCUGGCGCCCAAACUAUCGACAACUGGCCGUGGGUCUUUAARGACUAUCAAAAGUCAGGAUAUGCUACACUAUUUAGCGAGGACGAUCCAGGUAUUGCUUCUUUCAACUAUCGUUUAAAUGGUUUCAAGGACCCGCCGACCGACCAUUUUGGGAGGUACUUUUGGUUAGCUGCGAGAAAAACUAGUCGGUUUUGCAUCCACAGCAAGCCACAACAUUUGAUUCAUCUCGACUACUUAGAAUCGUUCUUUGAAGCCUAUUUGAAGACGCCUAAAUUUGGUUUUGGAUUUUUCUCURCUGUUUCCCAUAAUAGUUUAAACAGCGCGUAUGUUAUGGCUGACGAUUUUCACAGAUUUCUGAAGAAUUUUGAAACUCGACUAAACGACACAAUACUUAUCGUUUUGGGCGAUCACGGGUUCAGGUAUGGAGAAUCUCGAGCAACACUACAAGGAAAGUUAGAAGAGCGUCUCCCCUUUUUGUCCUUUACUUUACCAAGCUGGUUUCAAAGUCAUUAUCCAGACAUUGUCAGCAAUUUACAUCAUAAUGUUAAAGCAGUGACGUCACCCUUCGAUCUUCACAUGACUCUACGUCACAUACUUUCAUACCCGGAUGUGCCCAAAGCUCCCGUGGGAAGACGGGGAAGUUCUCUCUUCAGAAAGAUCCCAUGGACACGUGACUGUGGAUCGGCAGGUGUUAAGGACCACUACUGUCCUUGUUUAAGUCUGAAGACCGCUGACACUGAACACAUUCAUAUACAGGUCGGCGCUAUGGCUAUUGUUGACUAUAUAAAUACAUUGUUGUCAGAAGAUCCUCUUGCAUUUAGCCUUUGCCAUCAACUUAAACUUCAUCAGAUUCUUUCAAGUCGUCAGCAGAUAGCAAACAACAAAUUCCAACUUUUUUUGGGUUCGGCAGACAUUCAUGGCCGUAUUCCUAAAUUUUCCAAUGACAGUUCUGAGAUUGAUGAGUGUAAUUAUCAAAUUCAWAUCCGAACUGUUCCUGGAGGUGGUUUGUUUGAGGCACCUGUGCGAUUAAAAGGGGGGAAGUUCACAAUAACAGGCGACAUAAGCCGUAUCAACAAAUACGGAGAUCAACCACAAUGCAUUCUGGACCAUAAUCGUGAAUUGAGAAAAUAUUGUAUAUGUAAAAAUAUACAAUGAAUGUACCUAUAAAUGAUUAGGUAUUUCCUAUCACAAACUGUGUUAAUCAAAGAAUGUUUAGCGUUUAAUUAUGAUGAGUUUUUUUUACCAAAAAAACCCGGUUAGAUUCAUAGUAUAUGGUCAUCAAUAAAUCUAAAGGUAUUUUUAUUAARAUAAUCCUGUUUCAGGCSAAAUGACAAUAGAAUUAAGUMAAAAAACCGUGAAWUAUACAUUACAUCUAGUACAUCUCAGUACACACUAUUUCAAUUGUUUUCUUUUGUGUUUAUUUGACUACUCAAACUUUAAUAGUCAAGUCUUAUUUUAACAGGUUUAAUGACCUCAUUCUAAUGACAAUAGUAAUAAUGUAAUAAUGCCAAUCAACACGAUCUGUUUGGUUGGAUGAUGUGAUAUUUAGGGGCUAUUUCCAUGAAAAACGUCUUGUCUAAUCUACGCUAUAUUGCGGUAUUUAUCACUAUUUGAUGAGUAAUAUUUCACGCUUUCAGUGUUUACACUCUAGUCCACCCAUUUUAAAGCCUUUUGACCACAAAAAGCGGAAAGAUUAAAUCUAGACUACUGGAGAGUUCUUCGUGACUCAUCAAUGAUGUCAUACAUAUGGCUGCCGUGAAAGAAUAUAAACACAUGUGCUKAGAUAAAAAUCACAAUAUACACCGUAUUAAAACAUUCUUUUUAUUAUAACAAAUUGGAAUGUCAUAACGAAGUACUAUYAAUAAAGAUUUAUAAUAAUAAAGAUCUCUUUGAAAGAGAUAUAAUAACAGCUGGAACCAUAGUUAAGCAGAAAAAUAAAUAAAUUAUUAAUGAUGAUGUUAUUGUCUAUUGCAACGUAACCAUUACAUCAUAAAAAUCCGUGURAACUUGUUCCGAUCAAAGCAACGCAGAUUUAGCUGGCGUUUUAGAAAUCUAAAAAAAUAUUUUGGUAUAUAAUACGUUUAUAUCUGUAGAUACAAUAUCUUAGCAAACCCUCUUGAUAAUUGCCUGUUCUUUGAAGUAAGACUAGUUUAAAUUGGUUUUGGAAAACCUGCCUACAGGUUUGGCCUGGUUUUGAAUWCCAGAAAAACGUCUAUUUUGCGGGCACCUUCAUAGUCACGGAGAUAUAUCUAUAGCACCCAAGACAAUCACAUGUGAAGACAAACUUGUAUAUUAGAGAAAAUUCGCACAAUUCUAAUCGGCCGAUCACMACUACUCACAGUGAGUGACAUGGCAAUGAAUUAGAAAAAAAAAACAACAAAAAAAACAAAAUAAAAUACAA